AUGCAGGGCGCGACGGAUUUAGUUCGCCAGGCUUCGGAGGCGCGCGCAGUCGUGGCGACAGCGAUGAACUCGGCUUCUAGUCGCUCGCAUUGCGUGUUUAUGCUGAAUAUUACUGGCUGGCAUCCCGGCACUGGCACGCGCCUCAUGGGCUCGCUUUGCCUGGUGGACCUGGCCGGCAGCGAGCGGCUAGAUCGUUCCCAGGCGGAAGGCACAGCCAAAAAGGAGGCGUGUGCGAUCAACACAUCUCUCAGUGCACUGGGCGACGUGUUUGCGGCGUUAUCUUCAAAGAGCUCGCACGUGCCGUACCGCAACAGCAAGUUGACCUACUUGCUGCAGCCGUGCCUGGGGGGCAACGGCAAGACACUUAUGUUCGUGAACAUCAACCCCGAGCCGGCAUCCGCGGGAGAGAGCCUGUGCUCGCUGCGUUUUGCGGCCAAAGUAAAUGGCUGCGAGACGGGCGCC